AUGGUUGGUGUCAGGGGUUCAGAGAGAGAGGCACAGGGUAGGCAGGAGAUGGAGAGCGAGGGGGAGGAAUUCCAAGCCAGCGAGGAAGAGGAUGACAAUGACUCAAGGGAUUCCAUGAGUCUUUCCAGCGAAUCAGAGGAUUCCCAGAAGGGGGCGCCGGUGGUCAGGGCCAGGGGAGCCCCAGGGGGGAAGUGUCAGGAGCAGGGUGCCAGCGGAGGAUCCCAAAGUGGCAGCUGGGCGUCAGGACCAGCCUCCCCACCAAAGUGCAGUGAAGGGGGUGGAGUUUCCAGUGUGUCAGAGGAAGCAGCUCCAGCAGCAGAGAAAGGAGGGGGGUCAGAGCAAGCCGCCCUCCCGGAAGGGGAGGGGAGCAGUGAAGGGAGUAGUGUAACUGUCAAAAGGAAAGUUAGAGGUUGGCGCGCGCGCCUAGUUCAAAUGUAGAGGCGCGCGGAAAUGCAGGGAGUCCGGAGGAGGGGCCAGGUCCCAAAGCCCGCAGGAGGGGGGAAGAGCAGUCUGGGGAUUCAGCGUCAGAGGAAUCCAGAAGGGGCGCAACCCCAGGGGGCAGAAGGACCCUGCGGAAAAGGAAGGAGAGAAAGAGGUGGAGCAGCGCAAGUCUCUUAAAUUGGUGCAGAGGAGGAACUGACUCAGAAGGGGACUUCGGCGGUCUAGCGUAAGAGACGUAAGGCUGCGCGCCUAGGAUGUCAAGCAACCAUGAACUGCAAUAAACACCUUUGUAUACAAGAAGACGUAGGCGUUGGUCUUUUGUGAGCUAAGACUUGAGGCAGCCUUGACAGUAAGUCCCCUUCUCAGUACAAAAAACCGCAAAAAAAUUUUUUUGCACAGCUCACGAAGUUUGGCAGCAAUGACUACUGAGGAGCAGAUAGCGUCCCUGCAAAACGCAGUCACCGAGCUCUCCACUGCCGUCGUGGUUUCUCAGAAGACAGUUGCAGAAGCAGAAGCGCGAUGCCAGGAUCUGCAAGCCAGGUGGGAUCGGGCGUGCAGAGAGGGGUUCCCGGGGUCCAGAUCAGAGGGAAUCGGACUGGGACGAAGGGGGGGCAAUUUAGUAGCCCACUUCGAUGGGAACCUGAAGCAUUAUCCCAAUUUCAGAGCAGACGUCGUAUAUGCACUGCAUUUACUUCGAAAGGACUUCAAGGAUGAGGAGGAAAAAGUGGGGUUCAUUGUGUCGCACCUGCAUGGGGAAGCAAGGAAUUGGUUACGCAAUUUAUGGCGCGAAGAUGGUCUUGCACGCAGGGACUCUGAUGAAUUUCUCAAAGCCAUGGACGCUUGCUUCCAAUCUACUGUUGACGUUGAUGUGGCACGUCAGGAGAUGCAUGGAUUGCGGCAGGGCAAGGCUACAGUGCGUCAGUACCAUUCUCGCUUUUUUGCAUUGCUGAAUGUGCUGGGCUGGGAAAAGGACUCCCUGGCAGUGAGGGACUUGUUUUGGGAAGGGCUGCAUGGCUCAGUGAAAGAUGAGCUGGCUAGGGGAGACAGACCUCAAACCCUAGCAGACGUCGUGCAGAGGGCACUCACGAUAGGGGUGCGCCAAGAAGACCGCCCUUGGCACAGGGAGGAGGGGCGUCACGUCCGCCCACCAGCUAGAGCGCCUCCUUUUCCUUCCAGGGACUUGGAACGUUCAAGCCUUUCGCCUGUCCUGGCAGCGGGGGAAGAACAGAUGGAACUGGGUGGUGCAAAGGCUCAGACAGCUGCCGGAGCCUCAGCGUCAGGAGCAGUCAAAGCGAAGCCUCCUAGAGGGACCAGGAAGUGUUACAUCUGUGACAGUGCACGGCACAUGGCUAAAGAGUGUCCCCAGAGGCUCCAGAAGCACACUGCAGCCUUAGCAACAGUAACAGGGGAAGCUUUCCAAGGGGAGCAGUUUCAGGGAAACGAGAAUGCCUGGUUGGAGGGAGAGACGCUGGGGCUCCGCCAGGCAAGUCAAUGAAGCAGUCCCCAGCGCUUUUGCAGCCUACAGACCCCUUACCACCUAAGCCAGUGGUGCAGCUCACUGCUACUCUCCAGCUGCCUAAUGGACUCACCCUGGAAGUCCCCAUUACGAUUGACUCAGGGAGCAACGCAGACUUCGUGGGGGUGCAGUUCGUCAAGCAGCAUCGCAUAGCGCUACUACCAGCCACGCUGCCUCUGAAUGUGGUCACUGUAGAUGGCAGGAAGUUGCUGGGUGGGCAAGUGGUACAACAGACGCCACCCAUGCUGCUGAAAAUUGGGAAUCAUCGCGAGGUCAUCAGUUUCAAUGUCACCCAACUGUCAGACACGCCCAUAGUGCUAGGCAUGAGUUGGCUGGAUAGACACAGCCCAUCCUUGGCGUGGUACCAGCGGCAGCUCACCUUUGGCUCGUCCUACUGUGCACAACAUUGCAUCCAGAUUGGUGAGGACGAGGAGGGCCGGGAGGAAGGGCAACAGCUGCAUCUAGGCAUGGUGCAGGCAGUGCCCCACAAGUACAAGGGAUUUUUGGAGGUCUUCUGCGAGAAGGAAGCUGACCAAUUACCACCCCACAGGCCCUACGACUGUGCAAUUGACCUCUUACCAGGGGCAACGCUGCCGACUGCGAAGCUGUAUUCCAUGUCUGAAGAUGAGAUGCAGGAGCUCAGGGAGUUCAUAGAUCACAAUUUGAAGCGGGGAUUCAUCCGAGAAUCCAAGGCAGUGGGGGGGCAGUCCUGUGUUUUUCGUGAAGAAGAAGGACACGCCCCAAAAACGACUCAUUGUGGACUAUAGGGCCAUAAACUCGAUGACAAAACCCAAGGCUUUCCCCAUGCCCAAGAUUGACGACCUGCUCGCGACGGUGAGGAAGGGGAGGAUCUUCACCAAGUUGGAUCUACGCGGAGCCUACAAUCUCAUACGCAUGAGGGAAGGUGACGAGUGGAAGACGGCCAUGUUCACGCCGCUGGGCACCUAUGAAUACAGAGUUAUGCCGUUUGGUCUCCAAAAUGGCUCCCACUGUUUUCAAGCAUUCAUGCACCACGUGCUAGCAGGACUCCUCUACAAGAAGUGCGUAUGCUUUCUCGACGAUAUUCUGAUCUUCUCGGAAUCGCAGGAGACUCACGAAAGAGACGUAAAGGAGGUCCUGCAGAGGCUACGGGAGCACAGACUCUACGCCAAGCUGGAGAAGUGCCAGUUCGACGUGACGGAGGUGGAUUUCCUGGGCUACCGGCUGUCCGACAAGGGACUAGCCAUGGACAGCGCCAAGGUCCGCGCGGUGUUGGACUGGAAUAGCCCGCGCAAUCGGAAGGAGGUCCAGCGGUCUGACGGGGUCGCCAACUUUUACCGCAAGUUCAUCGGGGGUUUCGCGAAAGAGACGGCAGCUAUCACGGACACCCUCAGUUCCAAGAAGAAAAGUUCACCUGGACGGACCAGGCGGAGCAGUCCUUCAGGAGACUUAAGAGUCUCUUCGCGUCCGAAGACCAGCUGCUACACGUGAAUCCUGGCAGGCCCAUGCGGGUUGAGACUGACGCAUCUGACAGAGCAGUGGGGGCCGUCCUCUUGCAGGAAGAUUCGCAAGGGAACUGGAGGCCCUGCGCUUUCUACUCCCGGAAGCUCAGCAAGUCGGAACAGAACUACACCAUCUGGGACAGGGAGUUGAUGGCCAUCCACGCGGCUUUCAAGGCGUGGCGGCACUUCCUCAUCGGAGCCAAGCACACCGUGCAGGUCCGCACGGACCACAAGAACCUGGAGUAUUGGCGCACGGCGAAGCUCCAGAGCCAGAGGCACAUGAGAUGGGCGGAGUUCUUUGCGGAUUUCGAUUUCCGGAUAGAGUAUAUCCCGGGAGACAACAACAUCAUAGCGGAUGCGCUCUCCAGGAAACCGCAGUAUCUUGAGGAAGCGGCACCAGUGGCAGCCAGGCACAUUUUUGCACCGCAAGCGUGGGCGUGCGCUUCUGCCGCCGUGGACCUGGACGCGGUACGACGCGCGCUACAGACGGACCCGUUUGCACAAUCCAAGAUGGAGGAGGUGCGAAGAGGGACAGCAAAGGACGGCGAAUUCCAGAUACGCGACGGCCUGCUGACCCGCAAAGGUGCUCUCUAUGUCCCGGGAGACGAUCUCCGAGCGAAGGUUUUACAGCAGUUACACGACGCCCCCAGCGCGGGUCACUUCGGCAAGGAGAAGACGGCGGACUUAGUAGCCAGGGACUUUUGGUGGCCCCAGAUGCGGGGAGAAGUCGCGGAUUACGUCGCCAGAUGUGACACUUGUCAGAGGUCCAAGCCAGUGCACAAGAAGCCAGCGGGAUUGCUGGAACCGCUGGAGACGCCACUGCAGCCGUGGGAAAGGGUGGCGCUGGACUUUGUCACUGAUCUGCCCAGUUCAAGGGGCAAGACGGCGGUGCUUGUGGUUGUAGAUCUGUUCACCAAGAUGGCGCAUUUCAUUCCUUGCGCGAAGGUGGCAACAGCGGAGCAGACCGCCAGGCUAUUCAUAGACCACGUGUUCCGGGUGCACGGCUUACCACGGUCCAUUUUGUCCGACCGGGGUCGCCAAUUCAUUUCCAGUUUCUGGCAGAAGCUCCUGGGCAUCCUGAAUGUCAAGAUCAACUUAGCGUCGGCGAGACACCCGCAAACCAACGGCCAAGCGGAGAGGGUCAACGCCAUCAUGCAGCAGUACCUGCGAUGUUACGCCAAUCAGAAGCCUGCAACUUGGGUGGACUACUUACCGAUGGCCGAGUUUGCCUACAACAACACGAAGCACGCGUCAACGGGGGUGACACCGUUCUUCGCCAACAAUGGGCGACACCCCAGAACAUUCCCGGCGUUGGAGACGACGACGCAGGGGGAGUCGCAGGGAGCGGAACAUUUAGCAGCAGAAUUGCAGGAGGUCCACGAGGAGCUACGACGGCACUUGGAACUAGCUAAACACGCCUACAAAGUGCAGGCAGACAGGCACAGGAGGGCAGGAGAAGACAUCCAGGUGGGGGACUGGGUAUGGUUAGCAGCCCAGGCGGUGCCGGCCAAGUCGUUAGCUAAGAAGAAGCUAGGACACAAACAGCUAGGGCCAUACCAAGUUGAGGGCAGGAUCAAUCCCGUAGCUUUUCGGUUGACCCUCCCAGAGGAUUCCCGAAUGCACCCGGUCUUUCAUAGGUCGGUGCUUACACCCUACAAGGCCCCACACAGAUUUCAGGAGCCAGGGACGGCACCAGACCCGCGUAGGAAGUCACCAGGGGGGGGGAAGUCACCGAGGACCCCGACACUCAACGAGGUCACGGAAAUUCUGGACUCGAGAUGGGGGGAGGAGGGAGUGGAAUACCUCCUCGCCAGGGAAGGUACCCCGGCUAGCGCCAACAGUUGGGUGCCAGAUUAUGCUCUGGAGGAACCUUUGCUUAAGGACGAGUUCCAUGCACUCUUCCCACACAGGCCCAUGCCAGAGGAGUAUUUUGACGACUGGCUUUUACCCCCACACUUUCAGGCAGCACCUUCAGGGGGUUCUCCUCCGCAGAGGAGACCACGCCGCAAUCGAGCCCUCCAAGGGGAUCGGGCUCGGGGUGGACACGGACCGCUCUUAUUGGUGGGACGAUCAACCAGAAGUGGGGUGGCGAAGGGGACCUUGGCAAGCAGCUUCGCCUGAAGUAACAGGGGGAGGGAAGGGUUUGGAGGUGUUUGGGGAGGACCCCGGUUUCGAGCACUCCUACACUGAACUGGAAGCAGAGGAGAUCGACGUCGACGAACUGUAUCCAGCAUCUACCCCCGCUACAACGAAGCUCCCGGAACCUGCGCCCGAGCAGCGGGAGGGGGGAAGGGGGGGCUUUGAGGGGGGGAUGGAUGUCAGGGGUUCAGAGAGAGAGGCACAGGGUAGGCAGGAGAUGGAGAGCGAGGGGGAGGAAUUCCAAGCCAGCGAGGAAGAGGAUGACAAUGACUCAAGGGAUUCCAUGAGUCUUUCCAGCGAAUCAGAGGAUUCCCAGAAGGGGGCGCCGGUGGUCAGGGCCAGGGGAGCCCCAGGGGGGAAGUGUCAGGAGCAGGGUGCCAGCGGAGGAUCCCAAAGUGGCAGCUGGGCGUCAGGACCAGCCUCCCCACCAAAGUGCAGUGAGGGGGUGGAGUUUCCAGUGUGUCAGAGGAAGCAGCUCCAGCAGCAGAGAAAGGAGGGGGGUCAGAGCAAGCCGCCCUCCCGGAAGGGGAGGGGAGCAGUGAAGGGAGUAGUGUAACUGUCAAAAGGAAAGUUAGAGGUUUGGCGCGCGCGCCUAGUUCAAAUGUAGAGGCGCGCGGAAAUGCAGGGAGUCCGGAGGAGGGGCCAGGUCCCAAAGCCCGCAGGAGGGGGGAAGAGCAGUCUGGGGAUUCAGCGUCAGAGGAAUCCAGAAGGGGCGCAACCCCAGGGGGCAGAAGGACCCUGCGGAAAGGAAGGAGAGAAAGAGGUGGAGCAGCGCAAGUCUCUUAAAUUGGUGCAGAGGAGGAACUGACUCAGAAGGGGACUUCGGCGGUCUAGCGUAAGAGACGUAAGGCUGCGCGCCUAGGAUGUCAAGCAACCAUGAACUGCAAUAAACACCUUUGUAUACAA